AUGGUACACAAAGUUUAUGGUCUGGGGUUGUCUGAAAAACACUUGAAAGGAUUGCGACAAGCAUGGAAAGAGCUUCAACCUGUUAUCCUCAAAUUGAAUCCAGAAGCUCUUGAAGGUGUCCAUGAACUACCAUUAAGUGAAAAACAGAUUCAACAGAUCGAAAUGCGUAAAGCCAAGAAGAAGGGAUAUGACUUGAAAUUAUCCAAAGCACAACUGAAAUUGAUAGAUGAUGUGAAGGAAGGUGGCAGUUUGAUGAGCGGAUUGACUGGUAUUAUUUUGAAAAACACAUUGCUACAAGGACUGAAAGCCGUUGCAAAACCACUGGCUACUGGUGCAAUCACGUAUGCUGGUGGUGAAGCAGCCAAGAAAAUAUUCGGUGGGGCAAUGUUGGAAAUCUCCGAAAAAGAAGUCGAAGAGUUACUUGAGCUUGCAAUGAGUGAUCUCCUCCCUGAAGGUGCGCAUACUGCCAUUAAAGAAAAGAUAGCUCAGACGCAGGGCAGAGGUUUGUACGGUGCUCAGUCAGGUAAUGGUUUGUAUGGUGCUCAAUCAGGUAAUGGUUUGUACGGUGCUCAAUCGGGUAAUGGCGUUUAUGGCGCUCAAUCCGGUGGUUGUAUGGCUUGUAGAUGUGAACAGCAGAUGUAG